ACUACAUCUCCCGGCAUGCAACUUUCUCAUCCGGCGGCGAGGAGUGGGCGCUUCCGUCAUUUCCGGCGGUCGUUGGCUCUUGGGAACGAGCGGGUGGCUUUAUCCCCGGACACGAGGCGGCUGGCUGGGUUCGAGCCUUCAGACCAUCGUCACUAUGGUGAGCCUUGGACCGGUGCUGAGGGGGUUUUUCACUGCAGCGCACGAGAUCGCAGCGCCUUCUCGGCAGCCAUGUCACUUGCACCUGUGAACAUCUUCAAGGCUGGUGCUGAUGAAGAAAAAGCAGAAACUGCUCGUUUAUCCUCUUUUAUUGGAGCUAUUGCCAUUGGAGACCUUGUUAAAAGCACUUUGGGGCCUAAAGGCAUGGACAAGAUUCUUCUGAGUACUGGAAGAGAGGGGACAGUGACAGUGACAAAUGAUGGGGCAACAAUCUUAAAAUCAAUUGGAAUUGAUAAUCCUGCAGCUAAAGUUUUGGUUGAUAUGUCCAAGGUUCAAGAUGAUGAAGUUGGUGAUGGAACUACUUCAGUAACUGUUCUGGCAGCUGAAUUGCUAAGAGAGGCAGAACUAUUGGUUGCAAGAAAAAUCCAUCCUCAGACCAUUAUUGCUGGCUGGAGAGAAGCCACAAGAGCAGCCAGAGAAGCCUUGGUGAAGUCAGCUGUGGAUAAUGGUAAAAACGAAGCCAAAUUUCAAAAAGAUUUAAUGAACAUUGCAGAAACAACACUAUCUUCAAAACUGCUUACUCAUCAUAAAGAGCAUUUUGCAAAACUUGCUGUAGAUGCUGUCCUUCGGCUGAAAGGGUCUGGAAACCUAGAAGCUAUUCAUGUCAUCAAGAAGUUAGGAGGAAGUCUCAUAGACUCUUACUUGGAUGAAGGUUUUCUGUUGGAUAAAAAAAUUGGAGUUAAUCAGCCCAAAAAAAUUGAAAAUGCAAAGAUACUUAUUGCCAAUACUGGCAUGGAUACUGAUAAAAUUAAGAUAUUUGGUUCCCGUGUAAGAGUGGAUUCCACAGCAAAGGUGGCAGAAAUAGAACAAGCAGAAAAGGAGAAAAUGAAGGAGAAGGUUGAGCGUAUUCUAAAGCAUGGAAUAAACUGUUUUAUCAAUAGGCAGCUGAUUUAUAAUUACCCAGAACAGAUUUUUGCUGCUGCUGGAGUUAUGGCAAUUGAGCACGCAGAUUUUGCUGGAGUUGAACGUUUAGCUCUUGUGACAGGUGGCGAAAUUGCUUCAACAUUUGAUCACCCAGAACUUGUAAAGCUAGGAAGCUGCAAACUAAUUGAAGAGGUCAUGAUUGGUGAAGAUAAACUUAUUCAUUUCUCUGGAGUUGCUAUGGGUGAAGCUUGUACCAUAGUCUUACGUGGUGCAACACAGCAAAUCAUAGAUGAGGCUGAAAGGUCACUGCAUGAUGCACUCUGUGUUCUUGCCCAGACAGUCAAAGAUACUAGAACUGUGUAUGGUGGAGGCUGUUCAGAGAUGUUAAUGGCUAAUGCAGUGUGGGAGCUUGCAAAAAGAACCCCUGGCAAAGAAUCAUUAGCAAUGGAGUCUUUUGCUAAGGCUCUAAGUACGCUCCCAACUAUCAUAGCUGACAAUGCUGGGUAUGAUAGUGCAGAUUUGGUUUCCCAACUUCGAGCUGCCCACAGUGAAGGGAAGAAUACCUAUGGACUUGAUAUGAAAGAAGCUGCUAUUGCAGACAUGGCAAGUCUAGGAGUCGUUGAAAGCUUUCAAGUGAAACGUCAGGUUUUGUUAAGUGCUGCUGAAGCAGCAGAAGUCAUUCUCCGUGUUGAUGACAUCAUUAAGGCAGCACCAAGGAAACGAGUCCCAGAUCGGUAUCCUUGUUGAGCAUUCUGCAUUCAGAAAGAACAUUUGAAUCAGACAUUUUCAGACUGGGUAUACUUCUAACAGAAUACAGAAGAAUUGGCAUAUUUAGCACCGGCGCAUAAGUGUUUUGGUUUAAUUUAUAUUGUUUUUUUUAAAAAAAACACCUAAUUCAUAGUACAACAUCUGUACUCUGUCACUGUUUCUUUUGUGUAGUACUCACAAUAAACAUUUCAAAUAGAAAUGGA